AUUACGUGCUCUCAACGUGAUAACAAGUUGCGAAUCAAAAAUCAAAUAUAUUAAAUUUACAUUCGUAUUUCAAAUGGAAAAGAGCACCCAACCCAGAACCAAAAUGACAAGUAAAAAACGGAAAGACCAAGAAAGAUGCGAAUACUGCAGUCAAAAACUGGAAGAAUCCGAAAUCAAACUUUACCCCGGGCAUCCAAAAAACGCCCUUGAAGAAUAUAUCACUCUUACAAAUCCGGGACUGUGCCUUUUCACCGGAAAUGAAAGCGACGUAAUUGAAUCUGAUCAAUGGCCUCAGCAGAAAAUAACCCACUUCAGUGUAUAUGAUGAAAAGGGACAUCUUUGUCCAUUCGAUACAGGUCUGAUCGAAAAAAACGUGAAAUUAUUUUUUUCUGGUUACGUGAAGGCAAUAUACGAAGAAAACUCAAGUCCAGAAGGAGGUUUUCCAACCAAAGAUAUGGGACCAAUUAAUGAAUGGUGGGUCUCUGGUUUCGACGGUGGUGAAACUGCUUUAAUUGGUUUUAACACCGCUUUUGCAGAAUAUAUUCUCAUGGAACCUUCUGAAGCCUAUAUAGCUUUCAUGGAACCCGUCAAGGAGAAAAUUUACACCAGCAAAGCGGUCAUCGAAUACCUCCUUGAGGAAAUUGACCCUUCCUUCGAAGAACUUCUAAAUAAAUUCGAUUCCGAACUGCUAAUAAAACACUCUCAGUUUAUUUGCGAGCAGGUUUUCUCGUUCGAUACUUAUGCCUCGAUUGACGACACUUUUUUGAUAACGAAAUCCUGCAUGCGAUCUUUGAUUAAUCUCUCCGGUGUCGAUUUGGAAAAUGCAGACUCUCAUGUCAGAAGAAAUGAUCCUGAAAGUGAUAAGAUUAUUAGGAAUCAAAUCCAGAAAAGGAAGAACCAGAGAGUUAAAAAGCCUGGGUGCACAAAGGCUACAACUACGCCUUUAGUUCGAGACACUUUCGAAUCCUUUUUUAAGGAUCAAUUUAGGAAUCAGGAGCGACAGGAUCCGAAACGGGUUUGUCCAAACCUGGCAGUUAAAGAAGCGGACGAAUCCGAUCUUGAAAAUGAGGACGAGUUUGAAAUUCUUGUAGAUCAUAAAAAUGAAGAAGAAUUCUCUGAGGAGCAUUUUAAGUACUUCGAAAGAGAAGCAGAAUGGAUUGGAGAUCCGAUAGAUGAAGAUAGUGGUAGAAUAUUUUACAAAGGGGCGAUUUUAGACAAGGAAGAAAUUGGAAUUGGCGAUUGCGUUUUAAUCGAGGUUAAUUCCUCCACUCAAGUGGCGAAGGUUUUCUACAUGUUUGAAGACAGAGAUGGAAAUAAAUUAAUCCACGCUAAUUGGUAUUGGAAAUCCUGCGACACAAUUCUGGGCGAAACUGCUGAUACUUUUGAAUUAUUUUACAGCGACAGAUGUGACAAUAUUGCCUUCAAUACGAUUUCGAGUAAAGUAAAGGUUGAAGAGUCACAAAUUGAAAACAAGAAGAGGUUUUUCUCAACGAAAUGUUACUCGCAAAGUACUGCUAGGUUCGAAGAUCCAAGGCCCAGGAAAAUCAAUCUGGGUCAGAGAUUUUGUCCAGCUUGCUUUGAAUUCACUGAGAAAAGGCACUUUAAUAUUCCGAAAGUUUUCGAAAAAGUAGAGGAGAAGAGUCGUAACAUGAUAGUUUAUGGACUUGUGAAAUUCAGAGGGGAAGAAUUUCGAGUAGGAAGUGCUGUUUAUUUAAAACCAGGGUCACUGAAGUUCGAGACUCGCGUUUCCAAUCCUAAGAAUUCUAAUCUGAAGGAUGUUAAUGAAGAUAUUUACCCAGAGUAUUACAGAAAAUCACGACUCUCGGAAUUCACAGAUAUCCCUGACCCUUUCAAUAUAGGUUAUAUAGUCUGUAUUUUUUCAACGACAAGUGAUAAAUUAGUUUCUCCUUCUAAUAUCUGGAUUAAAGUUAAUAAAAUUUACCGACCAGAGAAUACAAAUCUGGAUCCGAAAUCGACGCAAAAAUCCGAUUUGAAUUUGAUCUUCUGGAGUGAUGAGGUCACACAAGUCCGGUUUUCUCAAGUCGUCGGAAAAUGUUACAUUGCCUACGUCGGGAAUUUGAACCAAAGCGUGGAAGAGUGGACUUGUGGGGGUCCUGAUCGAUUCUAUUUUAGCGAAGCUUAUUUUUCUUCGGAAAAGAAAUUUCACAAGCCAUCUGAGCUUGCUAAACAGAUUGGCCAAUCGACUAUUGAACAGGGAGUGGAUUACCCUGAAGUAAAGAAGAAACUAACAACCCUCGACGUCUUCGCAGGUUGUGGGGGACUUUCAGAAGGUCUGCAUCAAUCAGGAAUAGCAGAAGUGCGAUGGGCGAUUGAAAAUGACGAAUCAGCAGCGAGUGCAUAUCGUUUAAACAGUCCAAAGGUUCAAGUAUUUUCCGAGGAUUGUAAUUUUCUUCUUAGUCAAAUCAUGGAAGGUUUGUUCUGGAACGAUGAUGGCAUUAGGUUUCCAAUCAGGGGGGAAGUGGAUCUCCUUUGUGGAGGUCCACCUUGCCAGGGAUUCAGUGGAAUGAAUCGCUUCAAUUCUCGUCAGUAUUCCUUCUUCAAGAAUUCCCUGGUUGCCACCUACUUGUCUUAUUGCGACUACUACAGACCAAAGUAUUUUAUCAUGGAGAACGUUCGAAGUUUCGUUUCUUUUAAAAAGAAUAUGGUCCUUAAACUGACGCUUCGAUGUCUCACUAGAAUGGGUUACCAGUGUACCUUUGGAAUCUUGCAAGCUGGAAAUUAUGGAGUUCCUCAAACUAGAAGAAGGAUGAUUAUCCUCGCAGCAGCUCCUGGGGAAAUUCUUCCCAAUUUUCCAGAACCAAGCCACGUUUUCAGCAAAAGGGCCUGUCAGCUGAGCAGUUUGAUUGCCAGUAAAAAAUACUUCACGAACUGCGAAUGGACUGAAUCUGCACCUUACAGGAUGAUAAGUGUCAGGGAUGCUAUGAGUGAUGUUCCGGUGAUUAAAAAUGGAUCCAGUUUGGAAGAGAUGGACUACGAUGGAGAACCAGUUUCGCAUUUUCAGAAGAAGAUACGGGGGAAUCAACGAGUCCUUAAGGAUCAUAUCUGCAAGAUGAUGGCUCCAUUGGUGGAGGCGCGGAUGGAGCUUGUACCGACUGAAAGUGGAUCUGAUUGGCGAGAUUUGCCGAAUAUUGUUGUUAGGUUGAGUGAUGGGACUUAUUGCAAGAAAUUGGAGUAUCCAUAUAAUGAUAAAAAGACUGGGAAAAGUUCGACAGGAGCUCUUAGAGGUGUUUGCAGUUGUUGUGUGGGCAAAAAGUGUGAUCCGGCUGAUAAACAAUAUAAUACUCUGAUUCCUUGGUGUUUGCCUCAUACUGGAAAUAGACAUAAUCAUUGGGCUGGAUUGUAUGGAAGGCUGGAUUGGAAUGGAUUUUUUUUUACUACUGUCACGAAUCCUGAACCCAUUGGGAAACAGGGUCGUGUUCUUCAUCCUGAACAGAAUCGGGUUGUGAGUGUUCGUGAGUGUGCUAGGUCUCAGGGAUUUCCUGAUAGUUACUGCUUUUAUGGGAAUAUAUUAGAAAAGUAUAGACAAGUAGGAAAUGCUGUACCUCCGCCUAUGAGUGCUGCGAUCGGACUCGAAAUUAGAAAAUGCGUUAGCCUAAAAAACAAUUCUGUAAAUUGAGGUAGGCAAGUUUUUUUUAAGGAUUAGGUCCAUUUAUUUGUAAUUUUAAAUAUUAGGAUAGUCUUAUUUGUGUUAUGUGUAGCUUUAAAGAUUCUUUUUUAAUAAAAUGACGGGUGAUA